UUUGUCAACACACAAUACAUCGCCUUUUAAAUUUGGUUCCUUGCAAAAGGCUUCUCUGCUCAAAGGCAGUAGCAAGCUUCGAGGUAUUACUGGUUGCGUGCGGAAAUGUCUCUGUUUUCGUAUGUAUUAAUAACAACCAUAUUAUCCAGUGUUUCCCGGCGACUAGCAACAGCGACAAUGUCUGCAGAUGUGUGCCAGAAGAAUCAAACUUCUCAAACUAUAACUCAAUUUUCAGCAGUUUACGUUACAACGCCCAACGAAGACGUUGCUAAGAAGUUGGCCCACGGUCUCGUCAAGGAACAACUGGCCGCGUGUGUUAACAUUAUUCCCCAAGUGACCUCAGUGUACCAAUGGGAAAAUAAGAUUCAUGAAGAUUCAGAGCUGCUACUCAUGAUAAAAACUAGAACUUCAAAGGUUGAUAGUUUGACCGCUUUCGUUAAAGCCAACCAUCCAUACAAAGUAUGUGAAGUUGUUUCAGUUCCCAUAACUAAUGGAAAUGAAGCUUACUUUAACUGGAUUAGAGAAGUUGUUCCUGAGAAAUAAGUUUAAGACUAAUCUACAUGUAAUAUUUAUUAGGCCAAUCAUAAAACUUUUUGUAGAAUCUUUAAAAUUGUGAGUACAAAAAUUGAAGUAAUAUACAAAUUAUAAGUUA